AGUGAGCAGUCCUGCUCGCUGCCACAAACCCGUCGGAGAUCGGAGGGGAAGGAGCGCACAGACGGAACUGCCGGGCGAGGGAACCAGUUUGAGAGAGAGAUACUGAGCGUCAAGGAGGGAGAGAGAGAGAGAGCGGAGAGGGCAUAGAAGAGCGUGUUUCAGAGAAGAAACGCACAGAUUGCAAGGGGGAGAGCUGAGAGGCUGCACGUUUGUUUCCUCUCGAUCAGUUUUACGCACGCACGACGGAGCUGCCUCUUCCAUGAGAUCUUAUUUUUGUGCAAGGACGGACUGUUAUCAGGGCAGCAUUAAGAAGAUAAUCGAUGGGAAAAUGUAUUUUUCUUUCUUAAUCACAUGCUCUUUUAACAAGUAAAUGCGCAAUCAGGAAAGAGAACCGCAGCAAAAGAUUUUGGGAUAUUUUAUCGAGACGAAGAGAAACCACUCGUGUUACUUUUUCCAGGUUUUGUCAAACUUAAUGGUCGUUGGCAAAUGUUUCUGUUGGUUCGUGGUGGUUUCAACUAGUGAUUUCUACUUUGUUUGCAAUUCAUGAAUUAGUCAACGAGUGUCAGCAAGGUUUAUAUCCCCACGCGCGUUGUGACUGACAGAGGGACACAGUGCUGCCAACUGUGCGCACCGCAAUGGAUUUUGAGGCUUUAAAGAUGUGUCUACUGUAGAUAUUGCGCUGAUUUCAGAUCAAUUUGCGCAAAUAUAUAUAUAUUUUUUAAGAGGAAGCACACGUGGACAAAGCUCGUACAGAUAUUGUUUAACCAGUGAGAUAUUCUUGGAGAGCCCGGUAAACGCAACCAGGCAUUUGUUGUGGAUUCUGGACACUACUUGUGUUGCGCUUCAGAGAAACUGUGAACUGUAGAAAAGGAGAGGAAAAGAGGACUUUGGACUGCAGCGUUGCCUCAGAUAUACAUAAUAAAACCACAGAGGAGGAGAAGAGGUGCUUAUUCUCCAUAUCCGAGGGGAAAAUAUGGAUUUAUUCAUAUGGCUUUGUGGAUGUUUACUGGCUUGUCUCUCGCCUUCAGUAGUCAAAGCAGAGGAAGGAGCGCCUGAGCCUUGCGGUGGAUUUUUAGAUGCUAGCGAUGCCGGCUACAUCACCACCCCCGGCUACCCACUGGAGUACCCACCUCACCAGAACUGUCGCUGGGUCAUCACUGCCCCCGAGCCUUCGCAACGCAUCGUCCUCAACUUCAACCCGCACUUUGAGAUAGAGAAACUGGACUGCAGGUAUGACUAUGUAGAAAUCCAUGAUGGGAACUCGGAGACGGCAGACAUACUGGGGAAGCACUGCAGCAACAUCGCCCCUGCGCCAAUCAUAUCGUCAGGGCCCUCACUCCACAUCAAGUUCGUAUCGGACUACGCCCACCAAGGGGCAGGCUUCUCACUGCGCUACGAAAUCUUCAAAACCGGUUCAGACUGUUCCCGUAACUUUACCAGUCCCUCGGGUCUCAUUGAUUCCCCGGGCUUCCCCGACAAAUACCCUCACAACCUGGAGUGCUCCUUCAUCAUCAUUGUCCCGCCCAGCAUGGAUGUGACCAUCAUCUUCCUCACCUUUGACCUGGAGAACGACCCCCUGCCUGGCGGAGAGGGGGACUGCAAGUACGACUGGCUGGAAGUGUGGGAUGGCCUCCCAGGAGUGGGCCCUCUGAUUGGUCGAUACUGUGGGACCAGGGUGCCUCCCGAGAUCCAAUCAUCUACUGGGAUUCUCUCUCUGUCCUUCCACACUGACAUGGCUGUGGCUAAAGAUGGCUUCUCAGCUCGAUACAACAUGACACACAAGGAAGUCAGUGAGACUUUCCACUGUAGUAAUGCAUUUGGUCUGGAGUCAGGAAAGAUCACAGAUGACCAGAUCACAGCCUCGUCAAGUUUCUACGAUGAGCACUGGUUGCCACGACAGGCCAGACUCAAUUACCAUGACAAUGGAUGGACGCCCAAUGAAGACAGCAACAGGGAGUACAUACAGGUGGACCUCCAUACUUUGAAGGUGCUUACAGGCAUCGCCACCCAGGGCGCCAUUUCAAAGGAAACUCAAAAGGCUUAUCAUGUCACCACCUUCAAGCUGGAGGUCAGCACCAAUGGAGAGGACUGGAUGGUCUACAGACAUGGCAAGAAUCAUAAGGUUUUUCAUGCCAAUGCUGACGCCACAGAGGUGGUUCUGAAUCGGAUCCCACAGCCGGUCCUGGCCCGCUUCGUACGCAUCAGACCUCAGAUGUGGAAGAACGGCAUCGCACUGCGGUUCGAGCUCUAUGGCUGUCAGAUUACGGAUGCGCCCUGCUCAGAGCUGCAAGGCAUGUUGUCUGGACUGCUACCAGACUCCCAGAUCUCUGCGUCGUCCAUGAGAGACAUCCACGGCUCCAUGGGGGCAGCCCGGCUGGUGGCCAGUCGCUCAGGCUGGUUUCCCAACCCGACACAACCCAUAGCUGGGGAAGAGUGGCUACAGGCGGACCUCGCUGUGCCCAAGACGGUGCGUGGCAUUAUUACCCAGGGUGCAAGAGGGCUAGAGGGCAGCACUAGCGCUGAGAACAGAGCGUUUGUCAGGAAGUACAAACUGGCGCACAGCUUGACCGGCAAAGACUGGACUUACAUCACUGACAGCAAGACUGGGUUUGCUAAGAUUUUUGAGGGGAACGGCCACUACGAUACUCCAGAGGUGCGGAGGUUCGAUGAGAUAGUGGCCCAGUACAUCAGAGUCUUUCCGGAGAGGUGGUCGCCUGCUGGGAUUGGCAUGAGGAUGGAGGUCCUCGGCUGCGACCUGCCAGAAACCACUACUGUACCUGACACUGUGACCCCCACCCUGCCCAGAGUGGAACAGACCACUGCUGCAAUGAGACCUGCUACCACCCCGUCCCUGUCGGCUGUAUGUGACUUUGAGCAGAGCUUGUGUGGCUGGUCGGCUGAUCCUCAGUCCGGUGUGAGCUGGUCCCUGCACACAGCCAGCAGCAGUUCAACUGGACACGGCACACAUGGAACGAGGCAGGAUUUGGCGCUGGGAUCAGACAAUUUCUCAGGGAACUACCUCCACCUGGAUGCAGGUGCCCACACCCAGCGAAAGCGAGCCCGGCUGCUAAGCCCUGAGGUGGGGCCGGAGCGAGGCCCACUCUGCCUCGUCUUCUACUACCAGCUCCAGGGGGAGGCACAGGGGAGCCUGAGGGUCCUGCUGAGGGACAGUGACCAGGAGGAGACGCUGCUAUGGGCUCUUAAAGGGGACCAGGGGCCUCACUGGAGGGAAGGCCGAACCAUCCUGCCACAAAGCCCCAAGGAAUAUCAGGUGGCGUUCGAGGGCUUUUUUGAUCACCCAACCAGAGGCCACAUCAGAAUAGAUAACAUCCACAUGAGCAACAGCAUCGAGCUGGAGCAGUGUACACAGCCUUUCCCUGCCUUAACUCCUGGCAUAACCAAUCCCAGGCCUAUGGAUUUUGGAAAAGAUCCUGUUUUCAACCACAAGCCCCCCAUCAAUGGAGACUACGUCUUCCCAGGGUGGCCAUACUCCUUCUCCACCCCGUCCUCCUCUGAUGUGAACCCCUCCUCCGUCACUCUGGUGUCAGAGAAAGACAAGGACAACGCCUGGCUAUACACGCUGGACCCCAUCCUCCUCACCAUCAUCGUGAUGAGUUCUCUGGGCGUGCUGCUGGGUGCGGUUUGCGCGGGACUGCUCCUCUACUGCACCUGCUCCUACAGCGGACUUUCCUCGCGCUCCUCCACAACGCUGGAGAACUACAACUUUGAGUUGUACGACGGGAUUAAGCAUAAAGUGAAGAAAAAUCAGCAGAGGUGCUGCUCUGAGGCAUGAAGAGGAGGAGAAGGACUCUAGAGAGCGCUGGGGAAAGACACGAUCCCCCACCAAUGUAACUUUGGUUCUCGGCUUGGACAAAGAAAACACUAAAAGCACUAUCUGUUAUUUCAAUCCCCAGUGUCCCCUACCUUAUAUCAUGCUCUGAUGUCUAAAAGGGAAACAUUCAACCCAGAGUUUCCCCACCUAUUUGCGUGCCAGUGGGAACUAGUGACCUUGAUCUCCCCUACAUGCUAUGAGGCCUAAACCGGGGGACACACCUGACCCCAGUCUCCCCUACCCACUGUACCAUAUCUCCUCCGCCUGCAGGAGAGAGCCUGCUCGAUUCUAAAAGCCUGUGAAUGAAUGAAGGAAUGAAUACAUGAACAUGAAUGACAGAUCUACCAUAGAAUGAAACCCACCAGUCACUGGAGUGAAGCUAGGAGAAAGGUGGACUACAGCACCCUUAACAAUCUGGACAUUUGGCCCACAAAUGACAGCACAGUGUGAGGUGUUUGGUUAAAAUGUUGGUAAAUAGAUUUUUAAUGAAGAAGAAAAUCUCAUGGACAUGUACCCAGGACUGGUACUUUGCAGAGGGGCAAUGUCAAAUCUGUCCUUGUCGGCUUUUAUUUGAAUGUGGCCAACAGAGACGGCAUGUUGAAAUGAAAAAGCUCCAGCUUCUGACUAUUUGUGGAGACUUCAGCACCAGUGGACCAUUUGAUGUGGGUACUUUUGACUGAAAUCAACACAUAUCAAGCGAAUGCCUAUCCCCCCUAAAGAAGUUUAAAAGAUAUCAAACCACACUACUCAAAUGAAUCUAGAUUUCUAGCGGUUGAAGAAGGAAAAGAGGAUGAAAAAGGACAUUUUAUUUUUAUUUGUUUUUCUGAGAGUUUUAGAUAUGAGUUCUGGGACUUUCAAACGUCCAUUAGCCCGCCAUAUGGCGCUUGCUCGCUUCUUUGUCUCGGUCUGCGCUUUGUGAAACCAGUGGCAUAGAAGAGUAAUGGUGACAGUUUUUGUUAUGUUUUAGACUUGUGUUUGUUUGGAAAAAAAGGUAAAGAAAAGACAGCUUCAGUUCGUAGCCACCCUGUAGAGCUUAUACGCCAUUUUUAGACUUUCUUUAGCAUUGUGUUGGACUCCAUCGUCUUAACCGUGACUUCAGUCCUUUUCUAUUUUCACACAUUUUCCAUUACAGAUGAUCAGUCUUUAGAAAGAGUUAGGGAAAGGUAUAAGAAGAUGGAAGACAGAAAAUCAGAGGUUUAUUUAAAUCUAACAUGCUGUUAUGGAGUCGUGCUUUAGAUUCAGAACUCUAGGGUUUGUCUUUGGUAUAUAUCUAUAUUUUUUUGCUUUUCAGACUGUAUGAUGCCCAAAUGAUGGACAGACACUGUGUGAACAAAAUGUCAGUGAUUGUUUUAUUGCAACCUAUGGAUUGCCAAAGAGCUGUGUAUGUGCACAGGGGGUCUGAACAAGUGUUAAAAGAGGCCGAGUGGAGAACGGACUGAGAGUGAUAGAUCACCCUGCCUUUUAUCCACCGCUCUUAUAACAUAACCCUCCUGAAUGAAGGAUGCUCAGAAAUGGAAAAAGAGAAAGCGGAGACUAAAGGAGGGGAGUGGAAAUCGCACCAUUGACUUUCUUGGACACACAAUCGAGCCUUAAGCUAACUACAGUAUAUGCUGUAUCGGAGGACAGCCAUCGAGGAGUGCCAGUGCUGCUGGGGAGACUGAUGAACCGGAGGACGCACAAGCACGCACACACACACACACACACACACACACACACACACACACACACAAAUAGACAGAUAGACACAUAGAAAGAGUCUGAAAAAGGGAAAAGAUAUGGUGGUUAUGUUUACAUGCAGGAGAAGUCUCAUCAAUCAUUAAACUAUCAUCUUUAGCAUAAUGCAGCUGUUUCUCCCAAGAAUAACAUUCUUAUGUCACUAUUUGGAUUCAGCAAAAUAGUUUUUGGUGGAAACUGAGAGGUACCCUGUGAAGUUUGUGUCAUCUAGUAGUGAUAUAUAUGGAGCAAUGUUUCCAUUUAGUUAGUAUGCACUGCUGCAUGCACAUAAGCAUGCAGCGGUUAUGGUGGUGUCACACCUUUCCACUGACUGACAACAAUUUUUAGCAAAGGACAAGAGGAAUACUGCAAGCUAGCAAGGAUUUAAAAUUAUUAGGAGGAACAUUUAGCAUUCAAAAGACCUCAAAGAUACACACAAUGUGUAAAUAUAACUUGUAUGUUUAUAAGAAAACUCCACACGGUACCUUUAAUGCCUCUAAGAAUGUUUUUUAAUUAACAUAUCGACAAAAUGCUUAUGUUUUUUUUAAUACAAUAUACACUUCUGACAAAUAUAAUUACAGUUAUUUUGGUUAUGGUUAGACAACCAAAAUACUUUGUAAAGGUUCAGGAAAGGUUGUGGUAAAUUAAAAAGUCAACUUGAAUCUGGUGUAUUACUCAUGCACUUUGUAAAUCAUGGAAGACUUUAUUUUAAUGAACUUAACACUUCUAUGUGCAUCUAUCUGCAGUUAAAGAUGUCACUUUGUAGCUUGCAGACUGAUCAAGCUUUGAUAGGGAACAUUUGAUUAACUUGUCAACAUAGUCAAUUAAAGUUUAUAAAAGAUUCAUAUAAAAACGCUCAUUUGAACAAUUGGAGUAGAGCGGGACGGCAGGUGAUUCUCUGCAUGGAGGUGAGACACUCUACUGACAGAUGACAGAUGGAGAGGACAGACAGCCAAUAAGAUAAACAUGAGACUGUGAGCAGGACAGGUGGAAGGUGACACAAUCACCACACAGAGACAACACCAGACAAAGACACAACAAUACAUAAGACAAACAGUGAUGGAGAGUCUGUGCCCCAGACGCAAAUCUUAAAAAUGUAAUUGGAAGACCAGACGCUGUCCUCUCCCUGUCUUCUUUGUAUGGGGAGAAAGAGUCCAACAUGUCACACUUGGCAUGCAAAGAAAAUAGGGGGUUUCUAAAAGAUGUUGUAAGAUGGUCAUAUAAGGAGAGCUAAAGGGAGUGGACAUUGAAAAGAGCGAUAGAGGGUUUUCUGUCCAUCUCACUGCGUUUUCAUUGGACCGUUUUCCAAGUGCCUUGGAGCUCUUUUAUUAUGUCUCUUUAUCUCUCUCUCUGUCACUACUGCUAUCUUACUCUCACUCUCUUUCUCUCUCUCACACAAACACACACAUGAAACAGUGAGUGCAUUGUGAGACUUUGUGUGCCAAUGGCGACAAAUGAACGCCGAAACAUAUAGAAACACACACAACUGACAUAUUGUCUCUCUCCUGCUCGACUUUAACACUUUCUUUCUGGAAGUCCAGAUAGUAUUACCACUUCUGUCUCAAUGGAUACACACAUAUACACACUGACACACACACACAUAUGCACACUACAUUAUGACAUACACAUACCUACGGCACUGGCCAGAUAACUCAAACUGUUGUUUGUAGACUUUGUACAGAAAAAACUCUUUUUUAAUGUUAUUAUUAUUAUUUAAUAAAGGCUAAAUAACAAGUGA